CAACCUUCAGCACUAUCGUCUUCUAAGCAUUUGAUACCCAUUUUAAACAAAUAAUGAUGAAAUAAUUAACAUAUUAUUAAACCCUGUCACGUUUAUUUCGAUUUUUCCCGGUCAACCUCUUAGCUGGUGUUUUACAGAGACAGCAACUCUACUACUCUAACUUAUUCUCGGUCGAUCGCAUCUUCAGACUCUUUGACUAGAUAACACCUUGUUCCCUACAUACAAGGAUGGCCGAACCGCCCGCAAAGCGAGCCCGACGGGUUGAUAGCUCGACAAUGUGGGAUAUGGAUGACCACCGGCCGACGCGUUCUCCUGAACCAGACUCGGAGUAUAAUAGGAGUCCUAGACGUGAAACAAACUUAAAGGAUGAUGGGCGACGAGAAGGACCGCGCGAUGAUCGAAGAUACCGUUCCCGCUCAAGAGAUCGAAGGGACAGGCGGCGCGAUAGGAGUAGGUCUAGGGAUCGCCGAGACCGCGAUCGGGAUCGCGACAGGAGAGACAGAGAGAGAAGCGUUAGCCGCGACAGAUACUAUGAUAAGCGAGGGUACCCUUCAAAAGGGGACAGAUACCGUGACCGUUCUCGCUCCCCUCUUCGAAACGGAAACAGGGAUAGAUCCAGGACACCACCUCUUCGGGGAUCCAGGGGAGACCGCAGGAAUGAUCGCAAAGACCACCGAACACAGCCGAAUGGUGCCGCUGACUUGAGGACCCCAAAUCGGUACAAAGACGAAAUGGAUAUGGACAUCGAGGUUGCUGGGGAAGGCGAUGUGGAAGAAAUGAUGCGUCGAAGCAUGGGAUUCACCAAUUUCAGAAGCACAAAGAAUACCAAGGUACCUGGAAACGAUGUCUACGGGGUGCGAAAGGAGAAGAAGACGGAAUACAGACAGUAUAUGAACCGUAUAGGAGGAUUCAACCGACCACUCAGUCCUUCAAGAUGAAGGAUGGAUCAAUUACCUUUAUCCGUUACUAUUCGACCCUUUUCUCCUUUUUCCUCUUUCUGCUCUUCUUUCGUAUCUGUUAAGGCGGGACCAACUUUAGCUAGGGUUUUGACUAUGGCCAUAUGCAUUGUCGGAGUAAGGUUUACUUUCUCUUGCACUUUCCACUCGCGCAAGGUUUUGGACAGGGUUUAGAUGUUUUUCUUGUCCUUGCACAAACCAAAGAAAU